AUGUUACUAACAUUACUGUGCCUUCAGAUGACAGCAGUUUACGGAUAUCACUUGGGACCUCUGCCGGUUGUUCAUCCAACACUACAGCUGCUAGUUCAAGCCGCCACAGCCAUCUUCAUCGGAUCAGACUUUGAAGACACUGUUCCCUACACGGUUUGCGUAUCUUGGGAGCUGUCCAGCGGACAACCCGUCCAACUACUCCCGAACCUCAUAGACCAGGUCCUGCAGUCGUUGGAAAGCGAGAACGUUGUGGUGCAGCUGAUCUACCACGAAUUUGUGAAAACUCGUCGACCCAGGGUGACCAACGUGUUCCUCGUCGACGGACUGCAAGCCUUCGAAGAACUUCACGCCACCAUACGGCCCAAGCAGUACAACUUCGCCGGGCAGUACGUUAUCAUCGUGAUGAAUGAGAAUGAGGAUGCCGACGAAGGGUUCGUUGCCGAGCGUAUUCUACAACUGAUGUGGCAGUACUACGUAGUGAACGUGAACGUGCUCUUCGGUAGUCUGGAUUACGAGGAAGUCCGCAUGUAUACCUACUUCCCAUUCAGUCCUGGUUCUUGCGAAAAGGUCAAAUCGGUGACGUGGAACACCUUCCGGGAUGGGCAUUUCCUCAAGUCUAGGUCACAUUUUCCUCCGAAGUUGAACGACUUCCACGGUUGCCCACUGACUACUGCGGUGUAUACGUAUUCCGCUUUCAUGCGUCUACGCCACGGACCUCACGGGGCCGUCAUUGGGAUGGACGGCGUAGAUGCCGUAUUGUUGCGGCAUAUUUCAGCAAAGCUCAACUUUUCUGUUGUGCCUGUGGAGGUUCCUCACGGCCUACGGUUCGGAUUGAUCUUCGAGAACGGAACCGCUACCGGGGCGAUGAGGAUGGUCAUCGAUGGGGAGACCAAUUUCACCCUAGGGUUCUUCGGAUACAACCAGCUAAGGAUGAAGUUCAUGUCACUUACGCAAAACUAUCACUUCACUACCUUGGUUGUGGUGGUAUCGGCCGGCGAAGAAUACGAAGCCUUCGAGAAACUACUGCUGCCCUUCACCAACACCCUUUGGUACGUUUUCCUGGGAUGUUUAGCCGCUGGAUUCCUAGUGAUCGCCGCGAUCACCGAAAUGAGAGCCAAAAUCAAAAACUUCGUAUUUGGAAACAACACCCAAACACCUGGCUUGAACCUCCUGAACAUUCUCUUCGGAGGAUCGCUUCGCGUACUACCAACACGCAACUUUGCUCGUUUCCUGUUGACCCUAUGGUUGAUGUACGGCAUGAUCACCCGAACAGUCUACCAACAAGCCCUGUUCAAUUUUCUUCAGCUCUCUACGAACCAUUCGACGAUCACAACCCUGAAGCAGCUCAUGGACGGUCGUUACCCGAUCUACCUGAUACCCAGCGAAGUGUACGUGUUCAACAACCUACCGGAACUGCAGCGCCAAAUCCAGAUCAUCCCGAACGCGGAAAUUCAGCACAACGACGACGCCAUUCGCCGGGCACAGAUCCGCGGUGCACGGAUCUCCAACUACGAAAAGGUUCUGUAUGACAACGCUCAUUUCGCCGACGGCCAGUACCUGCGGAUGUUGAAGGAACGGCUGUACAACUACGCGAUCAGCAUCGGGCUGCGGUUGAACUCCUGCCUGACGAAGCCCUUCGACGACGCCCUGCUGGAGUUGGCUCCACACGGCAUUGUGCGGGCGUGGGUUAACCGCUACGUGGACGACAAAUACGGUGUAGUUCCGGAGCCUACGGACGUGCAGAAGCAGUUGACCGUUCGGCAGCUGUUGGGAGCGUUUCAGUUGUGGGCCAUCGCCCUCGGUGGGAGCUUUGUGGUGUUCUGCGCGGAAGUUUGCUGCCACUUUGUGGGGAGGAAAUGCAAGACCUUAAUGGGGGAUUUUUGAAUGGAUGUAGGGAAGAAACUGUCCAAGAAUGUAUGUAGAACACCAC